UUCUUUUGCUUACUUUUAUUUAGAUAUCUAUCAACACAAACAUGCACGACUAUCGACCAAAUAUAUCACCCUACUCUCAUUCUUCGGAUCACAUCAAAGGAUACUCCUCAUCUCCAUCGCCGUCCCCUACUCCUUCUCCUUCAUCAGAUCAUCUAGUGACAACUCCCUUUAGCACCACAAAUCGGAAAAAUUAUACGUCUUAUUCGCCAAAAGCUGCAUUCAAUAAAUUUAAAAACCCCUUCAGAUCAGCAACAACACAAAACUCAGCUUCAUCCCUGAAUGGACCGACACCAAGUCCGCGUUCAGUGCGGCAUGAAUCGGGCGAUGAAGGUAAUAAGCGCACUCCAGAUAAAAUAUCCAAAUUUUGGUCAAACUAUUGGCACCAUUCGCCAAAGAAACAACCUAAUCAACAGCCAAAAGUAAGGACCAUAAAAGCAGGAGAGAAGGGAAUAAUCUUAUCUUGGCUUGUAGGAACAGAGAAUUCAAGUCACAGGAGACAAGGAAACCUGGUAUAGUUUGAAUGUGACAAACAUUAGAGAUCCAGUAACGAUAAAGCAGCUUGUGCUUAAUCGAAUGAACUAUGAAGGGCAUUUGGAUGACUAUCUUUACUUUCAUGAGAAUGGUCCCAAUCCAAGUACGAAGUAUAAAGUGCUGCAGUAUGUGUGUGUAACCAAACCCUUCUAGAUUUACCUAUCGAACCACAUGAACUAAUGGACCUUUGCUCUACUGCUGACCAAUCCGCUUCUCAAAGGCUACUUGUCAAGCCUAUACUCAAAUCACCAUUUUCAUUUAGUACCCCUGAGCUUGGCCAAUCACCGACCACUGAAUCAUCAAAGAGGU